AUGGCCGAGACUGUCCGCGUCAGCCUGCGCCAGGGGGAACCAGAAGCUGUUGUUGACGCUCCGCAAAUUGCGGGCGAAGACGACGCCCCGGGGCCCCGCACCUCCGCCGUGUCGUGGAGCUCCCGCGAGAACCCGGACGACGACGACAUCAUGAUCUCCGCGCUGGUGAGCGCCAUGGCGAAGGGCCGCGAGAUAUCGGCGAGCCUGGGCGGCGGCACCGACCCAGUGCGCGUCACGGUCAACCUCGACGCGCCGGAACCCACCAACCCGUCCGGCUCGAGGUCAUCCUCCGUUCAACGCGAGCGCGUCGGGUUCGGCUCGUCCGCGCCGCGCGUCACCGCGCCGAAGGUUCCCUCCGACGCGGACGUCACCGGCCCGGGCCUCGCCUACGCCAACGUCGAAAACCUCAGCCGCGUCGCGCGCCCGAACGCCCCGGGAGCUCGAUGGGGUAAGCCACCGCCCAGGCGACCCGCGCUGGCCGAAUCGCUCGCGCCGUCGUCGACGCGCCGCGCCGCCGCCCACGCCGUAUCCGCCGUCACCGGCGCCGCCAUCGGCACCGGGGGCGUCGCGGAGGCCAUCGCGGACCUCGAGUGGGUGGUCAGAGGGGAGGCAGGUGGGAGUUCGCAGCCCGCGUUGGUUUCGCCGGAACGGCUCGACGUCGCGAGGCGUAAGCCGAGGGCGACGACGUUUUCGAAAGCCGGGCUCGUACCGGUGACUCACCGGGCGGUGACUCACCAAGCGGUGACUCACCGGGCGGUGGAGGAGGACCUCGGGGCGCGAACGCACCGGGAGCUGCCCCAAUACGACGAGAGGUUCAGGGCCGUGGAGAAAACUCCGGGAAGGUUGGCGAAGUUUUCCUCGCUUCCGACGGGCCGAGACGCGGCCGGGGACGAGUCCACGUCGUCGUCGGAAGGGACGGGAUCGGAGUGGGACGGACUGGACGACGACGCGGACGCGUGGUGGAACGCACCGUUCGGCACCCUAACCUUCGCGGAGGGGCUCAAACGCACCCCGCGGAAGGUGAAGAAACGCACAACCGUUCGGGCGGCGGGGGAUGAAAAGGAAAACGCGGCGGGGACAAAGAGGAGGACCAAGACGGCGGCGUUCGCGUCACCCGCGAACAAACCCGGGCCGUCCAAACCGCACGAACCGACGAAGGGCGCGACGCGCGGCGAUAAGGCGCGCCAACCGCCCCGGCCCGGGAGCAUGCUGGACCCCGUCGCGCUCGCCCGCGCGCUCGACGUGACGAGAGCCAAACCGAGCGGCGCUAGGGGCGUGACCAAAUGGGCGCCGCCGGCUGUGUCCCUCCCGUCGCCGGCGGGAUCGGUCGCCUCGAUCGAAUCGACGGAGAGCGACGACUGGCACGGACGAAACAUACGCAGGGAUUUAAGGCGCAGGGCGAGCGCCGAACGCGCGGCGAUCGCGAAGACGACGGCGGCGGAUACCGACAUGAACGCCGUGCGGCCGAGAAACGUGACGGGCGUGACCAAGUGGGGCAAGCCGCCGCCGGCGCCGGAUGAGCGAAGAGCGACCUCGAAGGAAAAGGUCAAGUCUGCGAAGGGUUUCAAGGCGCGCGAGUCGUACGAAAACGCGGCGAGGGACCACAAGCUGGGACGCGUGACCGCGGCGGGGUUACCCCUCGACGUUCAGCUCGCGGCAGGCCUGCAGCUUCGACCGACCGAGCCCAAACCGUAUGACCCGGACGGCGAUGCUCAUACGAAUGAAAACCUGCCGCCGCUUCCCGACGACGCCGCUGUGCGCAAACGCGUGCCGGGGUACACCUUCCCGAAACCCAAACCCCUGGACGAAGAUUUGGACGAAUUCGCAAAGCUAAAGAAGGCGAGGCGGAAGGAGGAGUUGGAGACUCCGGGCCCGGGUCACUACGCGAACCAUACCCCGAGGGUGGAGACCCGUCCAAAGGCUCCCGCGAUAUCGUUCGGAGACCACCCCAUCGUCCCCGUCGAGGUUCGCCAGUCGAUGAAGAUCGACCUCGCGGACUUCCACCCGUCCGACCUGGACCCCGUCGCCGCGUGGCAUAAGCUGAGGGGAACCGAGCCCAAGGGGUUUGCGACGUUCUGGAAGCAUCCGGAGAAGAAAUCGCACAUCGACGAGGUCAUCGAAAAAGUUGAACGCGUCGAGGCGGAGCGCCACGCGGGUCGGAUCGAACACGCGGUCAGCAAGGCGCUUCGCCAGUCGCGGACGAAAGACUGGAAGACGAGCGAUGACAUCGGCGCCCUCGGCGACGCAAUCGCGGCGGCGGCGGCUCGAGUCGACGAGGAGGGGUCGCCGGAUGCCAACAGGUCGCUCGUGGAGAGGCGCGUCGACGUCGGCGGCGCGUGGGCCCGCGCGGGUGCCAAUAAACCACCCGCGGACGGGCUGGCGGAAGAAGAGUACGCCUUCGACUACGACGCAGCCAUCGCGGAGGAGGCUGAACGACGACGGGACCCCGUGGGCGCUUGGAAAACGUCCGUGGCUCCGUCCAAACCGGUGUUUUCGUUCCCGAAGGGUCCCAGCGGCCGCGAGGACGUCGAGUCGGAGCUCGAACCGUGGCCGGUGCUCGGCAUCGGCGAGCCGUGGUCCGAGCGCAGGGUCGAGGGCGGCGCGCUGCCUUUCGAGCUCAUGCUCGGCCGUUCCGACGCCUACGCGGAUAGGUUAAAGGCGCGGGAGGCUGAGGAGAAUCGAAAGAUUUUCCCGGGGUCGUACAACGUCGUCGCCGCGCUCGACUACCUCCGCCGGCAAACCCCCGCCGCGAUAUUCAAACUCGCGGCCGACAGGUGGAGGGCGCACGGCCGCGCGCGACGACUCGUGCGCGCGCGAAACCUGCUGGGCGCGGACGUCGCGGGGUACAUGGCGGAGGAAUGGGACGACGACGAACGGGACGAGGACGAGGGCCCGGCGAUGCUCGGCGACGAGGCUCGAGCCGCCGCGGAUGCGGUCAUGCGACCCCGCGCUCCCGCGUGGGAGUUCCUACCGCUGCGCGUGACCGUCGCGAAGGCCAACGUCGUGACCGGGAUGAAGCCCGGGGACAGACCGGAGCUGGACGUGAAGCUCACGCUCGUUCGCAGGCGCCAGCCGGGCGCGACAAAGUUUGGAUCCGGAACCCCCACCGGCGGUUCCAAAAAGUCAAGCGCGCGAACGAGGGACGAAGCCAACGCCGCGCGACGCGGCCCGGGCGCAUACCGGCUCCGAUACGGCCAGACCGAGCGUCGCGCGCCGCGCGCCGUGAUGGGUACAUCCGGUCUCGGAGACAACGCGAUCAUGGAGGACGACGAGGAUGCGUACGCGGAGGGUUCGGUGUUGGACAUCGACCCCGCGGCCGCGUUUGCCGCCGCCGUCGCGCGAAGGAAGGGCACCGCCGUGGACAUGUCACGGAUGCCCCACCCGCGGGUGGACGACGCCGAACGCGCGCGUCGACGCGAGGAACUCGACCUCGCGGAGUUGACGGACCGUCCCGAGGUGGAAACGACGCCGCUCAAGGCGUUCCGGGCACCGGACGGCCGCGGGGGAUGGAGCGCCCUGAUGGACGUCUCGCCCGCGGCGUCCCGGCGUCGGCGACUGGCCGAGGAGCGCCGUGCGAAGAUGGAGGGCAUCUCCGAGGGCAUCUCCGGCCCUGACUCCUCCUCCCCGACUAAAACUCGCAUGCGCGCAAAGGACAAGCUGACGGACCCGUCGUCGGAUGCGUACGUGCGAAGGCGAACGGACGCGGGCGUCAUGGACUUUGCGUCGAUGACGUUCAGGGUCUCCGAGCGCACCCCGGGCAACGUCGAGCUCGACCUGCUCGAGGCGGGCAUCGGGCCGGGAACCUACGCGGCGGAGCCCGUGUCCAGGCGCGUCCCGGAGGUUGACUUUGCUCGCGGCGCCGCGAGGUUCGCGCUGACGGAUGCGGAAAAGGCACCGCCGGACGAACCCCUGGAGGGUGAACGCGUCGCGAUCGAGCCGGGACCCGCCUUCGACGCCACCCGACCGGACGCCACCCGCGGUGGCGUCAUCUCGCCGCUCCCGACACGCGCGGAGUCGUCCAAAGGAAAAGACGAUGCUGGUAAAGAUGGCGCCACGCAGCCGCCGUACGCCGACGCGUUGUACGACGUGGAACGGGGCUUGCGGUACAUGCGUUCGGCGAGGGACGACGUCGCGCCGGCGUUCGAACGCGGGGGCCCGCGUGUCACCGAUCCGGCGCUUCCGGAUCCGCGUUCAAACCCGGAGGCGGCUGACUUUUACGUUGGCGAUUUGGACGAGAGGGGUCGGUCGACGUCGACGGGCGAGUCGACGCGUCACCGGGCUCGGGGUUGGAUGGGGGGUUGGAAAGUGGCGCCCGCGCCCCCAGAGUUCACGGAGGGGGACAUACUGUACCUCGACCCGGCGAGGGCGGACGAUUAUCGCCGACGGCGGACAAUUGGAAACGUUCCGGAUCUCGGCGCGGGGGGCUCGCGAGAGACUUACCCAGGCACGCAAGAGCUUACCCGGGACGUGGACUACGUCAGGGACGACGCCUUGCGGUCUGCGUACCCUCCGCUGGUGACCGGGACCGGCGCGGUUCGCGUGGAUCGCGGCCGAGCCGGAAUGUCCGACAUUUUUGUCCGACAAACCGACGCUGGCGAUUUGGACGCGGGCGCGUACCACGACGAAUCGCAUCGAGCGGAGGCUCGGUCGCGGCUGAGCAACAGGGAACGCGCGCGGUCGGUCGACUUUUCGAAGGCGCCCGGCCGGAGGGGCGCGGCGUCGGACGGGUUCGGAACCGGAGGCGAGGGCGACGUCCUCGUGCUCGACCCGAUCGAUCCGAGAACGGCGCCGGUUGGUCGAGGAGACGGCGCUAAUAAUCUCGCGGUGGAUUACUCGAGGGAUCGGACGAGGCGCGCGUUCCCGGCGUCGUCGCCCGCGAACCCCGGCGGGGACGUGCUCCACCUUCAACCCGGGCGGGGGGACGCGCUUGGCGAACGCGCGCGUAAGGCUGAUUUCGGCGCGGGACCCGGUCGCGGGACUCAUCCCGCCGGGACGUUUGGAGAGUGGACAGACGCGAACGUGAUUCACGGGUUGAGAGCCGAGGUGGAUUUGGACAAGACGGCGGGCGGGUUCGGGGACGCGAACGCCCGGCGACGCGAGCGGAUGGCCCGGCUCGUGGCUCGGCAGCCGCGGCGGGGUCGCGGGGACCAGCGUCCGGAACCCGAGCGACCGGGCAAGAUCGUCAUAGCGUAG